GCCGAGCUGCAAAAGCAGCUAACUAUGAUAUAAAUCCCUUACGACAAGAAAAUAAACGCUUAUUAGAUGAAUUGAAUGAAAUUAAGUCGAAGAGAAUGAAACUUGGUGAAGAUUGUGUUGAAUGGAUCCAACUUGCUAAAGAGUUGAGCCUAGACAAGGCGGUCAUAAAUGAGACGUUUUACCUUAGCAAACUCGACUCCAAAGAAAGAAUCUCGAAACAACUCCAAUCUACAGACAAUGCCAAAUUCGAGCAGUUGUUUGAAAAAAAAUAUAUUGGCAUCAUUUGUGACUUGGCCAAGAUCCUCAAGGACAAGACCCCUUUCGAAGUUUAUCUGAUAUCAUUCGCACUAUUUUCACUACUUCUGAUAAAGCAAAUUGCGAGUGAUACUGUGUACUUGGCAGAUGGCAGUUAUUAUUAUGAUGCUCAUGUUGUUGAAGCAUUUUCCAUUGCUGCUCUCUCACCUAAGAGUUUAACCAGCACAGCUGAGAGGUCAACUCAAAAGUAUGACAAGAGGUGUGGUAGCAUAUUCUAUAUGCCAUCAUGGAGCUUUGAGGAGCUGGAAACCCUCCGGUCAACGAUUUUUAGUUACAUAGAGCCUGAAAACUUGAAAGAAUUUUUCGAGUACGUAGGUGGUGUACCAAGAUAUACCUUGCAGAUGCCUGGGCUUGCUCUACUAAGUGAUCCAGAUAACUUGGCAAUGGCCCUGGACAAUUGUCUACGUCAAGUCUCUCAAGCUCUUGCUGAGCUCGAUACUCCAGAGAAGGCUGUGGCAUAUAUUCGUCAUGCUUCCCAGGCUGUGUUGUUCAGAAAUUCUACAAUUGAUAGAUGA